GCGAUCAGUAAACGAGAAGCAGAGUUCUGGCCUUCCAACCGAUACGAAUGACCUGAGAAUGUCCGCGAACCAAAACCACAUCCAGUCGGCUGGUUCAAUCGAAAUCAAGCAAGAAGGUGACAUCAAGCAAGAGCCAGUGUCCAUGGAUGAAGUGGUUGAAGUUUCGGCUUCGAAUUAUCGCAAUCUACGACGUGUUCCUGGUUUCAAUGGGCGUGACGUUGAAUAUGAUUUGGAUCACUUGGACGAGAUCGAUGCUAAGGUCGAGGUGAAGAAAGAAUGUGACGGAAAGAAAGGAGAACCAACAACAAAUGCUGACUCGAAAGAAGAAGCUACGGGCAGCCAGCAAAAGCAGCAGCAGCCACUGCCACACGGUGAAGGCGAUUUCAUCGUCCCAGAAAGUGAUGCCAGUGGACGCGAUACACAGAAACGAGGUGACAAAGCUCAUCUAAAUUUAUCGAAGAAACAUAAAUGCCACAUUUGCGUCUAUUCAACGCGAUGGAAAUGUGAUUUGAAUCGCCAUUUACUGAAACACACUGGCGAAAAGCCGCAUGGAUGCGAUUUCUGUCCGAAACGUUUUACAAGCAAACAAAAUCUCCAUGCCCACAUGAAAGUGCACGUCGAAGAGUUUCUGUUACAUUGCUCGGUUUGUUUGCAAGGAUUCGAUGGAAAAAACGGAAAGGAAGCUCACGAGAACAAUUGCACGACUCGUCGCUACGAAUGUCAUUUGUGCAAGGAAUCGUUUGGAUCAAUAAAAACACAUAUGAUGGAGCACACGCAUGUGCACAGCGGUGACAAACCAUUCCAAUGCAACGAAUGCUCGAAGCAAUUUACACAAAAAAGUCAUCUUAAGGAACACAUGAAG